ACAUAGUUUUCACGGACGUCACAACUGGGGCUUGUGGGAUAGGUGGCCGCCAUGAUGGUGAACUGCUAGCGCGGUGUUAUCGUUGGGUGCGUGUGCAGGUCCGAUAUUUUCGCGUUGUGCGGGUUCAGUAACAGCGCGGCGUCGCAAUGCCGAUGUGUGCGAUGACUGGCUGCAGUGCGAGAAGCACGUCUGCCGCACAGAAAAUGGACCUGGAGCCAAGAACCGGGCUCUACCGAUUGCCGAAAGUGAUAACUCGGCAAUGCGACCGCACGAAAGUGUUGUCGGAGCAGCGUCGUCGUCUCUGGCUCGCUCGCAUCAACAGAAAGGGCCUCAAGAACCUGGAUUACCUCCGUGUAUGCGGUCGGCGUUUCAUCUCAGGACAUCCAGCGAGUCUAAUGGACAACACAAACCCGGAUUGGGUGCCGAGCCAACACUUGGGAUACAGCAACCGCACAGCACCGGGCGUUAACUCUACUUCUCGGUACAAGCGCGCCAAAAAUCGGCUGGCAAAAAAAAAAAAAAGAAAAGAAAGGUGGCCACAGCCGCGAACGCAGCUAACAUUCAGCCGGCAGAGGUUGACCAUCCUUCGCCUGAAAUGGUCGAUGCAGACGAUCACUUCAGUCAAGAGACGCCUGCUGAAUAACUUUACCUCGCUCAACACGAUGACGCGCUUGGAGGGCAGCCGCUUUGCUGUCACGCCGCUCACACGGCCACUGGUGAAGUAGUUGUGAGCCUCAAGUGACAUGUAAGCUUUCAUUUCGGUGAGCGAUACGUGGUUCGUCCACAGCACCAAAUCACGAUGUCGGCAUGCGUCGUAACCGGUAGUAGCUCCACGUCCGUCGUCAUGUCAGUACCGGCGCACA